UUCCAACUAUAUAAUGAAUUAGCCAUCUGCAGCUAAUAGUUGGUUUGACUACACUAACUCACCUCUUUACAGUUCCACUUUAUGUUCAUACUGUUACAAUUUCGCUGCACCACAUCGAUUCUGUUGCUGUUGACAGCAUUGCCACUUUAGAAGCAAAUUAAAGGGAUGGGGAAUAGGCUCAUCGUCUUACCAUAUAGCUCUCUUAAUAUUUGCCUACACAAACUCAAUGCUAUGCAGUUGCACAUUUACCCUGCUGCCUACGGCAACAUGCGCCAAAAAAAUAUCCUGAAUAAUUUUUUAAUCAAAUGAUCAGCCCCUCAAAGGGGUUUACCUUCUUUAGGUAAACACUGGCAAUCACGUCCCCGUGGUACCCUAGUGAUCUGUCUUCCCUUCGUUUUCUUCUCCCUUUACUUUUGCCUUUCCCUUCCCCCUUGUCGUGGUUGCCAUGUUUACUGGUAAGGGCUUUUUAUCUAUGUUUGAUUACCACCCUGUUGUAUUGGACGCAGAUGGGAAGAGACCGUGUGUUUGCCAUGCAUGGAGACCUAUGUCCCUGGAAAAGGGGAUCUUGGCAGUUAAGGGGCUUCCUGGUACCCCAACACACUGCUUUGGCCUGUGCUAUAGCCCUUUAAGACCGAGGCCGAACGAUCGUGCGGGUCCGUCAUUCACUUCUUCUUUUAAUUCCUAACCAUCCAUAUGUAAUAAACGCCGGAUUCGAAUGAUCGUGCGUGUCUCUGGAAAGUCGAAAGUUUCUAUUUUUCUCAACAGAUGGCGGGAUGAGUUGCUUUGGGAGGUUCAGUCGGCGUUCAAUCCAUUGUUUACAAGUCACAGCGAAACAGUUCGAGAUUGUAUCUGUCGUAAUUAACUCCAAGGUGUCAUAUUUCCUUACCCGUACGAUCGUGCGACUUCGGCGUUUGGAAGCUCAUCACGUUUGCGGCCAGACAUGUCUAAAAGGCGUAAAUACCUGACGGAAGAAGAAAUUCUUCAAAUGUUAGCAGCCUCUGAUUCUGAGCUGAGUGAUCUCUCAGAUGAUGAGGAUAUUGACAAGACCUAUGAACCCCAGGUAUUAGAAGAAGAUUUAAGUUCGGAAGAGCAUGAUGGAGAUGAUUUUACUGCAAUCGCUGACAUUUCAGUUCAAGAGAAUAGAGAUCGUCCUUCGACAUCCAAAUCGCCUGAACCCAUAGAUCAGAGUUUAAUUCACAAACCACUUGCAGCUUCGACAAAAGUUAAGAAAAAGAAAAAAAGCGAGGUUUAUCAGUGGAAUAAUAUAAAAUUCAAUCCUGUACCUCAUCCUGGACCUUUGGAUUUUACUCAAAUACAGACUCCAGACACAGUAAGGACUCCUUUGCAGUAUUUUAGGCAAUACUUCCAAGACGAGUUUUUCAAAGACGCUGCUGAUUUUACUAAUCAAUAUUCCAUUACAAAAUCAGGAAAAUCCCUGAAAACUGAUGCACGAGAAUUAAAGGUAUUUGUUGCUGCCAAUUUGAUUAUGGGAUGCGUAACAUUUUCACGCCUGAGAAUGUACUGGCAAGCAGAAUACAAGUAUCCUCCAGUAUCUAAUAUUAUUUCACGAGACAGGUUUUUGGCCUUAAGAAAUGCUUUCCACGUUGUGGACAUUAAUAAUCCUCCUGGAAACGUCAACGAAAAUAAAUUGUGGAAGAUUCAACCUGUUAUUGAUGCUGUUAGAAAAGUAUGCUUAAGUUUGCCACGUGAUAAUGUCACAUACUCCAUAGAUGAGCAGAUGAUACCAUUUACUGGACGUUGUUCAUUGAAACAGUAUGUGAAAAACAAACCUCGACCUGUGGGACUUAAGAAUUUCGUUCUUUGUACGUCAUCAGGCCUAGUAAUGAAUUUUGAAAUUUAUCAAGGAAAAUCCACUUCAUUGUUUCAUCAAGAACUGGGUCUUGGACCUUCAGUCAUACUGAGAUUAGUUCAAACUUUGCCCCAAGAAAGCUUUGUUUAUUUUGAUCGGUACUUUAGUACAUUGCCAUUGUUCAAAAAGUUGAGUGAAAUGCAUAUUUAUGGAACUGGCACCAUUAUGGGUAAUCAUAUUAGCGGUUUAAGACAAACUGAAGGGGCGCACAUGGAUCGCGGAACUUGCAUAGAACAUGUUUCAGAAGAUAAAAAACUAGCCAUUGUAGAAUGGAAAGAUAGUAACAAAGUUAUUAUGGCCUCAAAUUGUUGCGGUAUGGAACCCGUCGAAAAAGUUAAACGCUGGUCAAAAACCAAACAUGAAUACAUUGAGGUACCAUGUCCUACUGUGGUCAUAAACUACAACCGAUGCAUGGGAGGUGUCGAUAUUUGCGACCAACAAAUGGAAUGCUAUAGGACAUGGUUUAAAACUAAAAAAUGGACUUGGAAGGUCAUUCUGCAUUUUUUGGACUUAGCGGUUGUAAAUUCAUGGUUCCAAUACCGGCGAGACGUUACCGCGAAUAAAACGCCAAAGAAAAAUCAAAAGGAUUUAUUAAAAUUUAAGCUAGAGGUAGCUGAAGCUCUUCUCGCAGCUCCAUCAGCUCAUAGAAGUAUUGUGAGUGACGACGAAGAAAGUGACGCUCAUGCAGUUCAAGCUCAUGCAGUUAAGAGGUCAAAAUAUUAUCAUCCUCCAGCUAAAAUUCCAUGUGAAGAUAAAAGAUAUGAUGGUUAUAACCAUUUCCCACAUUGCGACGAUAUUUCAAGGCCUCGUAAGUGCCGUUAUGAAAAUUGCAAAAGCGAAUCCAAAACGCGUUGUGAAAAAUGCGACGUUUAUUUGUGCCUCUCCAAAACAAAGACUUGCUUCAAGGAUUUUCACUGUACAUAAAUAUAGUCCAAAAAUUGUAAGUGAUCAAUUUGAUUAUUUGUAAAAGUUUUCAGUUCAAUAAAGUAUUUUUCUGCGA